AUGUCGUGUUUCCGCCGCCGUCCCCCGUGGACGCCACCAGCCGCUGCGAGUUACCACCGGCCCCAGCCCACGCCACCAGCGGCCUGCCAGCCGCCUCUGGAGGCGUCGGCAGCCCUUCGCCGCCGUCCCGAACCCCCGCCGCGCCGAGGUUCCAACCGGGCCGAGCCAGACCCGACUGGGCCCGACCGGCGUCGAGGAAGUCCGCCGAGGCCGCCACAAACCCCUACCGGCCUCGGCUCCCUUGUUGCACGACCUCCACCUAGUGCCGGCCCCGAAGGGAAGGUCACCACCACCUCAACGGGGUGGACGAGAGCCGGUUCCUCCUCCUUUCCCACCGGCUCUCCCACCUGGCCCUUACAACGUCCUCCCAAAGGCCACCGGCCUCGUCGUGCGGCCGCCGGCCCCGCGCGCGUGUCUAUCCCGUCCCGAGUCGACCCCGCCGAUCCCACGAGAUCCAGUCGACCCCCGCCUAAUCCCAAUCCCAAAGUGGAGCUUUGGGAUCUAGAAGGAUAUUCAUCCAUCUCAUUUGAAACGCCUUUUUGGGGGCUUCAACUAGCUAAAGCUGGGUCGAGGGAUGGUCAACCACGUGGAACGUGCUGUCAGGGAGGCUCAAGCUUUUGA